AACCGUCCUCUAAAAUGUACCUUCCGGUUAUGACGCAGUCUCCACGCGUCUCCAGCAAGGUGUCACUGCGUCCCCAAAUCGAACACGUGCGACAGAAAUUCCUCGAAUGCGGCAUAUGUAUGAACGAAUACAACGACACAGACAGGAGACCUCGUGUUCUGCCCUGCCUCCACUCCUUUUGUGACCAGUGCAUCAAAACCAUGAGGACACGUGACGUCAUCAAAUGUUCCGAAUGUAACGAAUCGCACGAUAUCCCAGGGGGCGACAUGAACAACUUUCCGGUAGACGAGAGUCGGGAGUACCUCAUUAACUACCUAAAGGUGCAAACGAAGUCCUCACAGAUUCUGUGUGAGGAAUGUGCCAUGAAGAAGAAGGCUACUAAUCGUUGUAAGGAGUGCUCACAGUUCCUAUGUGGGGAAUGCACUGACGCCCACAAACGGACAAAGAUCACCAAAACACACGACGUGGUCAACAUUGAAGAUCUCAAGGAGGCCACAUUAGAGGAAUACCAGCAUACACACACCUGCAAGGUCCAUGGUCAUGAGGACCAACCGUUUGCGUUUUACUGCUAUUCAAAGUCCUGUGACAAACCAGUCUGCGCUCUCUGUGCUGUUAAAGAGCACCAGGAAUCCAAGGGCCACGAGAUUCGGAAUAUUGAAGAUGUUUACUUAGAGAACAAACGGGCUAUCGAGGUCCUAGUGUCUGAGGUUAAACAUCGCCAACUUUCAGCAGACGACACUCUUACAUCCAUCGAAGAAAUCGUCAAGAAAAUGGACACUCUCCAGACUUCCGUAACGGAAGAGAUCGACGUUUUGUUUGAUAGAUGUCAGAAAAUUGUUGACAGACGGCGGAAUGAACUGAAAAACAAACUUCACGCCAUUGUUAAAGCAAAGAAAAUACGACUGCAGCAGCAGACGGAGGAACUAAGCAACCAUAGAAGUAAUAUGGACGACGCCAACGAGGUGGCUGGUAGUGUCUCUACCUACAGUACUCCGUCAGAGUGCCUAAACAUGAAAGACGCCAUUAAAAGACGACUGAAAGAGCUCAAAGAAAAACCAUUCGACAUUACUCCUCACGAAAAUGCUGAUAUCAAGUUCCAAAAGAGUUGCCUAGGCGACGAGUUUCAGGAAUUCCUGAACAGCUGUGGGCAUGUUUGGUCAACAUCCGCGUAUGUCCCCAACACACAGGUCGUGACCAAUGACGUCAUUGUUGACGAGGAGGAAGUCGCGGUUGUCGUCCGACUUUUUGAUGUAGAUGGAAAUCAACAAAACGAGGGGGAGGUUGAAGUAAGAGCGGAGGUUAGGGACCCCGAGGGAAACCUGACCCAGCCCCUGGUGGAGGACUGCGCUCAGUCAGAGGGAUGUUACAGCGUCCCGUUCGUGGGGAACAAGACGGGGAAACACGUCUGUUACAUCUACGUUAUGGGAGAGCAGGUCAACACUGAAGGUUACUCCUUCUACGUCCUGACUGGGAGAGGGGACUCCGGAGCCACAUUUAACAAAGACAGGAUCAAGAGUGCAUCAACGUCCACAACAGAUGGAGGGGAUCGAACGUUCACGCCUGGAGUGGAUCUUGUAUUGGGUGACGUCAUCUGUCCUGAAUUCGUUUUCGACUCCUCCAUUUCUCAUGCCAGCAUCGAGAUUUCAGAAAAUGCCAAACACAUGAAAGCAAAACCAGUCAAGCGUCCCUAUUUUGGAAGCCAUCAAUCCAAAGAGUCCGGUCGUCUGAUCAACUACCGCGGCACGAUGGCGAACCUUCCGCUGUAUAAGACAGGCCUGUUUUACUUUGAGGUGGCUGUCCAGUAUAAGGUCCUCCGUCUUAUCAGACAAACCAUGCUGUUUGAGAUUGCCCUGGCCAGACUAGAUGUAGUUGACAAACACUACUCUGUCGACUGCUAUCCAUACGCAUGGGCAGUGAGUGCUAGAGGGUGUCACGUGUGUGGAAAAGUAUGUCUGCAGACCUGGCAUAAUGGCCAACUCCUGGCACACAAUGCCCUGUCUCCACGCACACCAAAUCCUCCUGGAACCAGUGUGCGCCUGCGCUAUGGGUUUCUGUUGGAUACCGUCAAACGUCAUUGGAUCGUUGUGGAUGCUAAAUCCAAUAAGAUCGUAUUCCAUUUCAAGAAUCUUGUGGUUUCGGAGUUGUCAGAGCCACUAUGGCCGUUGUUUGGAAUUUACAAUCCGGAACUUGUCAGCGUCACUUUUCAGCUACUCACCGGAAGUGACAUAAAUAGCAUACCAGAGGCCGCAACUGACGGCUUGGUCAUUUAGGUCAUGUCAUUUUCAAGAAGUCGUUUGAACGAUAGUACGCUUUAUUGCCCUUUUACUUGAGUUGUUUUCUCAGAUUACGUGCAUGUACAUACAGUGUUUAUUUUACUUUUCUUGUAUCUUUUCUUUCACGUGUUUGUGUGAGGGCUUGUGUGUGUAU